UUGAUACUAUCAACAACACUCUGUGCAAGGUUUCCGAUGCGGUCUUGUCAGAACUGGUCCCCUUUUCUUUGUGAAAGAAUACUAGGCUCCUACACUAUUAAUACCAAUACUGAACUAGGCAAAUGCCUGGCAAUCACCCUAGAUCCUAACUUAUUGUUCCUGGAACACCUUAAUUGUAAAAACAAUCCCGCCAUUUCUAUUUUUACUGAUGAAAGCAAGAUAGGUCCUGUGGGUAAUGUAGGUGCGGCAUUUCACUCGCCAGAACUGGGCACCUCCAAAUCUGUUGGCAUUAAUAAAAAUGCAUCUAUCUAUACCGCUGAAUCUAUUGCAAUUAAGCUGACUUUAGAGUCGGUUAGUGAUAUUUAUGACCGAAAUGUUUACAUUUAUACUGACUCUCUUAGUGUGGUCUCAGCUUUACAAUCUCUUCUCUUGGGUGCUCGUACUAACCCCUAUUUAGUUAUACUUAUCCUUCUAGAGGAUAGAGUCAUAGCUAGCCCUGCGGCUAUUUCUAGAAUUUACUUCUUCUGGAUCCCAUCGCACAUAGGUAUUCUCGGCAACGAAAUGGCAGACAGAUUGGUCAAGGAGGAUACUCAUUAUAAGCCAUCUCCGCUUUUAUUCAUCCCCUUGACGGAUCUAUUUAUCUUAUUCUUGCAUCAGACCAGGAAUUGUACUAUUAAAAAGAUUAAAAAUCUAGUCCAAUCUAAGGGUACUAAUUAUUUCAAUAUUUAUUACUGCGAGAGCCCUAAGCCCUGGUUUUCCAAAAAACAUCUGUCUAGAGAUUUCAUUAUCUGGAUUAACCGAUGCAGGUGCAAUCAUUAUCAUUUGAGGUCCUCCCUAGUUCGCAUCGGAUUGGUUAAUGAUUCUACUUGUACCUGCAGAUUUCCGGAUCAAACUCUUGAUCACAUUAUUUGGUAGUGUCCAAAAUUUGACAAGAAUUUCUCUUAUCGAAGGUCUUGCCGAGUUAGGCUUUUUUCCGCCCUUCGUGAUGAGUAGUUUUCUAUCGAUCUCCUUCUAGCGCCACUUAAAAUUAUUUACAACUUGGUUAAACAGAUAGAUAUUUGUAUUUAGAUUUUUUUCCCCUUUACUGCUUAUUCAAACAAUGUUAAAUUAAGUUUUUCAUAUAUUUACUUCUUUGUACUUAUUUAUGCAUAUAUGUACAUGUAUAUCUGUUUGCUCCAAUGUUCAUAUUUGACUUGUAUGUAUCUACUGCUUUGUACUCACUUAUGUUUUAUAUGUAAGUUUAUAUUUCUUUGCUGAUAACCCUCUGUGGGUUUAGCAGCAUAAUAAA